AUGGAUAAUAAAGAACAGAACAAUCAAACAUUAGUCAGAGAAUUCAUCCUCCUGGGAUUUGGGAAUAUCCAUGCAUAUCAACGCCUUCUUUUCCUGGUGUUUCUAGUGAUCUACCUUGUGACUAUGGUGGGGAACCUUCUGAUUGUUAUCUUAGUUGCAGCUGAUCAACACCUUCACACUCCCAUGUACUUUUUCCUGGCAAAUUUGUCUUCCUUGGAGUCAUGCUACAUCUCAACAAUUUUGCCCAGAAUGCUGGACAGUUUACUAACUGGACAUCAGUCUAUGUUGGUGAAUUCUUGUUUCACGCAACUAUAUUUCUUUGGGGGUUUGGCUACUGCAGAAUGCUAUCUCCUUGCGGCUAUGUCUUAUGAUCGGUACCUAGCAAUAUGCAAGCCAUUGCAUUAUGUGACCAUUAUGGAUGUCAGAUUCUCCCUUCAGCUUGCAAGUUGUUCUUGGGUCAUUGGGUUGCUUGUUAACUCUUUAACAACCUAUUCAAUGACACACUUAGAAUUCUGCGGACCUAAUGUAAUUGACCACUUCUUCUGUGAUUUCACACCACUGCUUCAAUUGUCCUGCAGCAAUACCCAAAAAAUACAGCUAUUGAUAUUUGUUCUGUCUGCUCUGUUUGGAUUGCUGCCAUUUCUUUUAACUCUCAUUUCCUACAGCUACAUCAUAAAAACCAUUAUGAGGAUCCCAUCCACUUUAGGAAGGAAAAAGGCAUUUUCUACCUGCUCAUCACAUCUCAUUGUGGUUACACUCUUUUACGGAACUAUAGUAAUUGUAUACGUGUUACCAAAAACCAGAACACUUAGGGAUCUUAACAAGGUCUGCUCUGUCUUCUACACUGUCUUGACUCCCUUGGUGAAUCCUUUUGUUUAUAGCCUGAGAAAUAAAGACAUUAAACAAGCUUUAAUGAAAGCAGUCAGACAUUUUGUUGAUAGACCAUAA